CGUAUGGGCUGGUUGGUCGAAACAAAAAGAUCCCUCGUCCACAUUUGUACCUCACAGUUAAAAGAAGAGUGAAGAGAUCGUUCGUGCGACGUGAACUUGAAGAGAAAUUCAAGUGUGACGACGCCAAGGAACACUUUGAACUCCUUCGAGAACCUGAAAGAAAACUAAAAAUUAAAUAUUUGGGUCUCCUUUCAAGUAAAUUGAGAUGUAAAUCAUCUUCUGUCUCACCGACACCUGGUGGUGGUGUAUUAGCUUGCAGUAACCCCAGUUAUAUUGCAAGAUACUCGCCUCAAUUUAACAAUGCAUUGUCUUUAUUAAAUCACUCCUUUUCAAAAAUAACAGUGAAUCUUUAAAGUCUAACUAUAACAAAACAAGAUAACGUAUCCAUCACCAUGUCCUCUCAAACCGCUGGCUCAGGAUCUCCUUGGCGUCUUUUUUGUUCACUCCUCGAUGAUGGCAGAGCCAGAGAUUGUUGUAGCGUCGGAAAUUGAAGACAAUCCUUCACAUCCCGAAGCAUCCAACCAUGAAAGUCAAGUUGAAGGUAUGCAUCCUAAUCCCGGUCAACUCGUUCAGGCUAUUGUGGCCGAUCGAGGCUUUAUUUCCAUGUUAUCCUCGGCAAUAUUGUCGAAUAUCGGCCCACAGUUGAAUAAAAGUCAAGAUGACUCCAAUAUAAAUAGGGCAGUUUCAAGCCCAAUACAAACUGUAAAUCCCGGAGUAUCGGACGAUCAAACGGGUAUGUUAAGCAAUCAGAUAAAUCCCGGAGUAUCUGACGAUCAAACGGGUUCUGCAAGUGUUAAACGGACAGCAGAAGUUUCUGCCGACUCCGAAGGCGAAGCCAUCAUUCCGUCAAAGCGACCUCGUGGUCCAAAUACAUUUGACGAAAGCGCAGAGGAAAAUGAUGUCGAAACUGUCGUGAUCGACGACGAAUUUACUUCCCCUAACUCCCGUUGGGAGGCUAGUGAGGAACUGAGUACAUUUCUUGGUACUACUAACAAGCGAAUGAACAAAUUUGAUCGUAAGACUUUGGUAAAAUCAUACCCGCGACCAGAUGUCGACGAGGUUUACACGCCUGCCAUGGAUGACUUCUUGAAGCCAUUUAUUCAAGGCAUUAUGGCUCCUGAUAAACCCCACAAGGAUUUGCAGGACAAUAUCCUGGAUAUGUUUGGCUCACUUUGUACCAUAUACGAGAAUUUGUUGGCAAUGUUGGAUAGUAUUGGCAGUGAUGGGAUAAUUCAGAUGGAUAAGACAAGUGUCAAAAGAUGCAAAACGUCAGCUCUUUGGACCUGGGUUUGAGCAGAGGUUAAAGACCCGGUCAGAGACUGCGGAUACAAUUGCAAAGGCUUCCAAAGUGGCUACUGUUGGAAGUGUGAAACCGUUUUUUCGUGGGAUGGCCUUAAGGGGAAGACCAACAUCUCGUGGAGGCCGCCAGUUUCAAUCGACCAGACCAUUUCGCCUGUUCUUCCAACGAGGAAGGGGUUUCAGAGUGAGGGGAGCCUCAAGACACCCACAGUUCCCAAGGUUCUCAAGCCCUCAGCAACAAUUCAGAACCUCAUUGCAUCAAUGAGUUGUCGCCCCAGCAAUCUACCAGCAGGUAUGUUUUUAAAUUAUUUUAUAACCAAUUUACUGCCAAACAUUCCUCCGACAGGUCGGCUUGUAUUUUUUCUUCCUGUCUGGAAAAGAAUAACACAAGACCCAUGGGUCUUGCAAGUAGUACAAGGGUAUCAACUGGAGUUGUUAUCAACCCCAGUUCAGCAGAGUUUGCAUCCUCCCAGAGUAUCUCUAAGUCAUGAAGCAGUUCUGAAUCAGGAAGUGCAGGCCUUGCUAGACAAGAGGGCUGUUCAUCAGGUUCAGAACAAUGACUCAACAGGUUUCACAAGUUCUUUGUUUGUCGUUCCCAAAAAAGAUGGAGGGAACCGCCCGGUAGUGAACUUGAAACCCUUAAACCAAUUUUUAAUGUACGAACACUUCAAGAUGGAGGGGAUUCACAUGUUAAGAGACCUCAUAAGGGAAGGGGAUUAUCUAGUAAAGAUAGACCUCAAAGAUGCUUACUUGACAGUUCCAAUUUGGAAAGGUCACCAGAAAUACUUGCGCUUUCUAUGGAAAGAUACAAUGCUCGAGUUUGCAUGCCUUCCCUUUGGACUGGCCACAGCUCCCAGGGUCUUCACAAAAUUGAUGAAACCUGUGGUGGCCAUGUUGAGACAGAGGGGGGUGCGCCUAAUUAUUUAUUUAGACAACAUUUUGAUAAUGGCGGAGUCAGAAGAUCUAGUGCUCCACCAAGCUGCUUCGACCCUGAAUCUCCUAGAAAGUCUGGGGUUUGUAAUCAACUACAAGAAAUCCCAACUUGUACCAAGCCAACAGAUAGAAUUUUUAGGUUUUCUUAUAGAUUCCGUAACUAUGUCGCUCCAAUUACCAGGCGAGAAGUUACGAAAAAUCAGGAAGCAGUGUCGGCAAUUACUAAACCUAGAGCAGAUCUCACUUCGCAAAUUAUCAAAAUUCCUGGGCCUGUUAACCUCUUCUAUCCAGGUGGUAUUUCCAGCCCCCCUUCACUACAGGCACCUUCAGAGGCUAAAAGAU